AUGAGGAACACUAAGAGUGUGCAACAUGAAACUUUUCGAUUAGUGAAGGGCGAGCCAGUAAAAGACUGUCGAAUCCAACAAGAAACAAACGACUGGUUAUUUUAUUCAGAUGCAAAGUCGUGGAAAUCCACACACGAUGAAAGGAAAAAUUAA